CGCGACCUCUGGAGGCCUUCCCUGACACAAGGAUUAUGCACCCCUGUUUCCCAACUACCAGAAAAAUGCGCAGUCCCAAUUGCCAGGGUCCCAGCAUCAUGGCUUGGAUGAUCAAGUCAUCGAGGUACGGGAAGUACAUGACCCAAUGUACGAGCCUAGGCAGGCUUCGCCAAUACCUCCCGCUGCCCGUCCACCAAGUGCUUUUUUGCGACAGGUCUCAAAGAUCCUCAGACUGCGUUUCAACUAUUCCGCGAUCAUAUCUGUGGGUACGGCACCCGGCCACACACGCCCUCCUCCACUUUCCUUUCACUUCCCUCGCGAUUCCCGGGCGCUGGGCUUUGAGCUCGCGGCAGACCUGGGUUCAUCACGAGAUUGCGGGCCCAGAGCUUAAGGACAAGGAGAUCGCCAGGCUCUGCAAUUUUGGGUUGGGGUUCAAUUCAUUUCGCCUGCCUCAGCAAUUGCCCUGCUCUGUGCGCGCGUUUGGGAACAGUUACCUUGGUUGAGGGCAGGCAGGCACUUGGGGUAGGCAAGCCUUGACUGGGGGCCGGCAAGAAGGUUUUGGGGCGCGUGGCACAUGGGAAAAUUGGGGCAGCGACCAAGAAACAAACGGCCAUCUGGACCGUCGACUUGUCUCGUGCCCCAAGUGGUGGUGGUGGCAGCAAUGAUAUUUCGAUGGCUUCCACACUAUGCCA